AUGAGUGAGGAUUCUCUGGAUUCAGGUUCCGAGAGACGUAUAUUGCCGCUACAGGCGGGCCAGUUGCGGUCUGCGCACUCCAUUACGUCGGUAAGGUCUACAAGCCCGCAACAGAGACUCGGCAUUUCACCGCCCAGGCCAACGCUCUCAGUUGACCUAACGAACCACUUUACGCGACCGCUGACAGACCAGCUGUCUUCCGAGUCCGAGAUAGGGACGUUGGAUAUGCUAAGUGUGCAAGAUGAACUUGCCAGCAGUAUGAAUUCCUUGUCGUUUGCGCCGCUACGAGAACUGCCCAAUCCCUUUAGAACGAGCAUCGAGGAUCAGUCUGAGGAGCAGCAGGGCCCCCUGCCCCAAGGGAAACAAUUCUUCAUUUUGACCUCUGCGGGGAAGCAAAUAUAUACUAUGCAUGGUGAAGAUGAGUAUGUUAUGGGGUUAAUGGGCAUCGUACACACACUUGUUAGCUAUUUCCAGGUGCGCAAUGGCAGCCACGAGGAGUUGAGAUCUAUAACCACCUAUGAUAAUAAUGGAGUGUUGCAGAAGUUUGCAUUUAUGCGCAAGAAGUAUAUUGUAUUGUUGGUUAUGACUAAUCAUAACGAGUCCGAUCAAGACUUACAGCAGCAGCUAGACUUGCUAUAUUCGCAUCUGGUGUCCACGCUAUCGCAGCGGCAGCUAAACCGCCUGUUUGGCAAGCGGGAGAACUUUGAUCUCCGCAACUUCUUAUCUGAAUCGGAUUUCCAUAGCCUGGAUCAGUUGUGCCGUGCAAUGUGUCAAGGUUCUCACCCUGGUUGGUGGCUGGGCGCCUUGGAAUGUGUUACUAUGGAUAGCUCAGUGCGGAAUCGCAUACAUUCGAUCAUGCUACACUCUACCAAGGAUCUGGCUCCCGGCACUUUGCUAUAUGGUCUCAUAGUGGCGCCCGGGCAGCGACUUGUUUCAGUUAUGAGACCUCGUGGUCAUACAUUGCACACAACAGAUCUGCAACUGCUAUUUUCAAUGGUGGAGAACCAGUUGCAACUUUUGGACAGUCAACAGGAAGCUUGGGUACCUAUCUGUUUCCCAAAAUUUAAUAGUAAUGGAUUUCUGUACUAUUACGUCAAGUUUCUGCCGGAGGACGCCAGCAACUCAGCAAACAUCAUCGAGGGAGAUAAUGCUGUUAGACCUGCUCUCAUUCUAAUUAGUCCCAGGACAAAUAAGUUCUACGAGUUGCGUGAGGCAGCCAGUUCUAUGAUAGAUGCGCUAGGAAGUGCAAGACUCCUUCCAUAUAUUCACAAUCCGUCACGCAUAACCAUUAAUGACAUACCAGCCCCAUUGGCGCAUCAUUUCAUUUACAAAUCAAAGAAAUAUGUUCAAUACGUCAUGCCGGAAACCAUCGGCAUCAACACAAACUGGCAAACGCUAAUGACGUACUACGCGCACUUGAAGGCGAGUGUGCGCAACGAUAAUGGCCAUACGCUAAACCAAACAGCUUUGAGUUUCCUACGGUGGUCGUCAAACUCUAAUGAACCUCUGUUACACAAUUCUCCGGAUAUCAGGUUUUCCGCCACUGGCAAUGUCUCCGGGGCUUGCCUUCUUGAAGAAGAAUUGGAUAUGAUCGGUCUGACUUGGAUCACGGCAAAUUUUGAGUUGUAUCUAAUAUGCAAUAAUUGCACUUUGGAUCGUAAGAUUGUGUUAAAAAGCGCUAGGAACAUCGUCAGCUGGUGCAAGCGUAAGGAACGCAAGCUCUUCGUGUCAGAAGGUGCCGUAUUCUAA